CGAGCACACGAGGCGUCAGAAUGCUCCCUACGAGGCCUUUCCUGAAAGGCAACUUACAGAUGAUUUCUCCCAGUUCCAGGUCGCUCCCGCCGAGAUGGCUCAGUCCUCCCACCAGCCGCAGCAGCCUCAGCUCUCCACGCUUCCAUCGACUGGAAUGAGCAACUAUGCCGUGCCAAUGUCUCCCUCGCCAUCUUCUCCUCCGCCAAUGUCGCCCGAUUAUGAUCAGAUGACCACCAAAUGGCGCAACCCUAUUCUGCCCUCUGACCCCAACAUGGCGCACCCGCUCGACGACGCAUCCCGUGCUUCCGAGGAAGCUAAACGUCUCCGCAAUACGGCCGCCAGCGCUCGCUUCCGCGCCAAGAAGAAGCAGCGUGAAAUGGAACUGGAGCGCAUGGCGCAAGAAAAGGCUGACAGAGCCGCCGAACUCGAGUCCAAAGUGUCGCAACUUGAGAUGGAGAACAACUUCCUCAAGAGUCUGUUGACCGAGAAGAACGACAGGACGAAAGGUCAGGGAGGCGCCACUAGGAAGGGCAAAAAGGUGGAACGUAACGCCGGCGAGAGGAGUACGCGCGGACACACUGAUGGUGUGGGAACCGAUGAGGAAGAGGUCGAUGAAUAAACGACUUUAUUCUGGGUCUCUCGAUGGGGUUCUGAUGCAGACAGAAACCGAUGGCAAUAGCACGCAUUAGCUUCAGGCUUUGACUGCUUCUGAACUCUCAUCAAUACCGCGCCAGGCGUUCUCCUAGAGUGCCUGCAAUACCCUCCAACAAUGCAGCUGGGAUGUUACUUGCAGCAGCUGUAGAUCGCAAGAUAGGGUCCAAUGCGAGACAAACUGACCAUGCCGACCCUCAAUGAAAGACUACUCGAAUGUAAAAGCC